AAUUACGAGGAAGUAGAACUUCAGCAGCAAGCGCACAUGCGUUCCAAAAUAAGAGCAAAUGCGCUCUAAACACAGGAAAAGACCUGAAGCUUUAAUUAAGGAGUUAAAUCCAAUCCCAAAGCGCUUUUGUGGGCACUGAUUGCUCCAGCUUCUGCGUCACUGCGUGAGGGAAGAGGAUCCAGGCAUUAGACAUGUAUAGACACAAAAAACAGCUGGAGAUUCAGCUUAAAAUACCCACCAAGCUCCAAAGAAGAGACCCAAGUCCCCAAAACAUUGAUUCAGGGCUGACAGGAGGAAGAGCAGCAGCAGGGUGGGAGAGAAGCUCCAGUCGGCCCCCAAGAUGCCGCUGCCCCCUGGCCUCCUGCUGCUGCUGCUCUCCGGGGCCACGGCCACUGCGGCCCUGUCCCUGGACGGUGGCCCCAUCGACCCAGGCAGCGAGCAUAUGCAGGAAGCGACAGAAAUAAAGAAAAGCAGCCUCCUGACGUUCCUCGCUUGGUGGUUUGAGUGGACCUCCCAGGCCAGCCCCGGGCCCCUCACAGGAGAGGAAGCCAGGGAGGCGGCCAAGCGGCAGGAAGGCGCGCCCCUCCAGCAGUCCACGCGCCGCGACAGGACGCCCUGCAAGAAUUUCUUCUGGAAGACCUUCUCCUCCUGCAAAUAAAACCCCACCCGUGAUUACUCAGGCAGGUGUAAUGACGGACCCAAAUAAAAUGUAUUAAGCAAUAGUGAUCUUUCCUCUUCUUCCCAUUUGAAAAGUAUUUUUUAUUUAAAUUCCAAUAAUGCCCAAUACUGACAUGUUUUGAGUAAUUUGUAACCCAAAGUGAACAUCUUUGAGAAAGAUUUUUUUGUGGUUUUUACUCGACUCUGCUCAGGGCAACCACUGGGUUUUCCUUUUGACAUUCGUUACGGUGCUGGGAAACUCUGUCUUUGAUUUAAAAUAAAAUAGCCAAGACUACAUAAUUAAGAGUUCAGAAUAACAUCUUAUUUCAGUUUAUGAAUUCAUAUGAAUUGUCUUAAUUUAAAAAAUAUUUCUCUCACAUUAAAACCAAAUUUUUAACAUCAGGCUUGAAGAGCAAAAUGAUUAUUCCUCAUAUUAUAGCUGAAAUUAAUUUUAAAACAAAUAUUAAAGUAUGCUGA